AUGUCUGCCAUCAAAAGAAAGCGUGGCGAGAUGUCUGAUCAGGCAGAUCAAGGACGAUCCACUACCACGGCAGAUGCUGAAGAACCUUAUGAUACAAGUUAUCUCUCUCUAAGACCCACACAGUUCCCCACAGGCACACCUUUUGAAUCUGAACGCGCAAGAAAAUAUUACUCUAAACUUUCUGAUGAACGUCAGUUUCUCUUGCAAUUAAGAAAACUUUGGGUGACCAAACUCACAGCGUUAAAGGAGGAUCGCAAGUUUUUGCAAAGAAUGAGAGAGGUGACUGAACACGAUAUAGAGGGCGUUCAUUCACUGUUUCGACCAGCGCAAGACAUGGAUGACAUUUCUUCAACUACCACCACUUGGCUUGAGGACGCACAUGCUGCCGACGAUCGACGAAAAGGGAAAGAAAAAGAAUCCAUGUCAGCUUACUCGACGUUUGUCGAACAAGAACUCCCGAUCAAAGCGGGUGACAAGAUUGUCGUGAAAGACCCAAACUUAUUAUCCAUCCUUGCAGAGUUAGAGAGCCUCUAUCCAGCAGCAGCAGCAGCAGCAGCAAGUACUCCAUCCACUCAGACAUCCACACAAACAAGCAAUGAUAAGCUGCCGUCUACAGAUAAUAAAACGGACGAUGCAAUAGUAGAGGAACUCAUACAUCAUCCCUCUCCAGCAGAGAAAGAGAACGACGAAGACGAGCGAAGAGCUUUGAAACUUUUUCUCGAGCAAUUUGGCGAUUUACAGUAG